AUGGACAACUCGAACCAGGAUCAAGGCCAGCCUCAAGCUGAGCCCCAAGCACAACAACUCCCGAAUGCUUCAGCGCAAGAGGUCAUUCCUCAUAUCGAUGCCAGCGCUAACAUCAACGUCAACGGCAAUGGCAUUCCCCAACUACCAGAGAAUCUCCUCAACCCAAUGAACCCUCAGGCGCUGAGCAUGCUGGCCGAUCCCUCACUCAUGGCUGAUCCUUCUAUGAUGGCCAUGCAGAUGCCCCUGGCUGAUCCUUCAUUCAUGAUGCAACCUGGGCUGGCCUUGCCAAAUGGCCAGAACGGCUUCAGUCUUCCCGUCGCUCCCCCUGCCACUGUCAGCGCUGAUGAGGUCGCUUUGUAUGACCGUCAGAUCCGCCUCUGGGGCAUGGCCGCACAGGCAAAGAUCCAAAGCGCAAAUAUCCUUCUCAUCACCAUCAAGGCCCUCGCCAAUGAAAUCGCAAAGAAUCUUGUCCUUGCCGGUGUUGGCUCUCUCACUCUCCUAGACAGUGCUACCGUUACCGAAGCAGACCGAGGCGCCCAAUUCUUCAUCCCUGAUGGUGAAGAUGUCAUCGGACAGAACCGCGCUCAAGUCGCCAGCACCGCUCUGCAGAAGCUCAACCCCCGUGUUCGUGUUCACGUCGAUACAGAAGGUGUCAAGACCAAGGGACCAAGCUACUUUGCUGCCUAUGAUAUUGUCAUCGCCACUGACCUUGACCCUGAGUCUUUCAAUAUCAUCAACACUGCCACGCGCCUGAACUGCAAGGCUUUCUACGCUGCCGGUUGUCAUGGCCUCUAUGGUUUUAUCUUCAGCGAUCUCAUCGAACACGACUAUGUAAUCCAGCGUGACCUGGGUAACAUGCCCACUUCCAUUGGCCCAGAGUCUCGUACUCGCACUAUCGUUGAUGUCCAGACUCGAAAGGAGGGUCCCAAAACAAUUGAGUCUGUCACCAAGCGCGAGCUCUACUCUACAUGGUUCCUCGCCAGUGACCUUGCUGUUCUUCCUACUGAGUACACCCAAUCCAAGCGACGACUCAAGAGUGUCACUCCCGCCCUUUCUUGUCUCCGCGCUCUUUGGGAGUUCAUGCAGAUCCAGAACGGCCGAGUCCCCAGCAAUCGCGAUGACCUUAAGCUGUUCACGCAGAUCGCCACUCAGAAGCACAAGGCUCUCGGCCUGCCCAGUGAAACUCUCCGCCCCGAGUUUCUGCGCAGCUUCCUUCAGAACCUCGUCAGCGAAAUCUCUCCUGUUGCCGCCAUCCUCGGUGGUCAACUUGCCCAGGACGUCAUCAACGUCCUCGGACAAACCCAACAGCCUAUCCAGAACAUGAUUGUCUUUGACGGCACAACCAUGGAGGCACUCAUGUACCCUCUGCACCCAGAAGGCUCACUCGGGGCAUCACAACUCACCGACCAUACUGUCCCCAAUGGCGGUGCGCCUAUGAUUCUGGGUGGCAUGGAUGCUCUGCCUUUGGGUCUUGAUCCAGCUGCCCUGGGCGCUCUACCUCACCAUAAUAACCCCAUCAUGAUUCCUACUGGCCUCCCUCAGAAUGGCAAUCUUAUUCCUAUGCCCGACGGCUCCCUAGCCGAUCCUACACAGCAUUUCAAUGCCGCAACGCAGGUGCCUCAGCAGCCUGUCCAAGGACACACGGCUCAGAUGACAGCUGAACAGCCCACUCAGGCGACACCGGCAAACGCCGGUGCCUCGGAAUCGAAGGAGUAG